AUGUCUGAACCAAUUAGAAGUAAGCAAGGAGACAUUUCCAAGGCCCCAACUCCACAGAAUACCCCGGCAUCGGUUACUAAUCUGUAUUUAAAGAGUCAACCACCAACCGUGAGUACCAUUAGUGAAGGAAAUGAAGGAGAAGAAAAAGAUGAUGAAAAUAAGAUUAGUAAACAAUUAGCUAAUAACCCAGCGUUAUUAUCAAUGAUUCAAGGUAAAUUAGGUAAUUUAGUUGGUCAACAAAGUGGAUACGUUGAUGGAUUAAGUAAAGUAGUUAAAAAAAGGGUUUAUGGAUUAAAAGCUAUUCAACAAGAACAAAUGAAGUUAGAGGCUGAUUUUCAAAAAGAAUUAUUAAAUUUAGAAAAGACUUUUUUCAAAAAAUAUGAACCACUUUAUGAAAGAAGAAGAAAAAUCAUUAAUGGUAAUGAAGAACCAAGUCUAGAAGAAAUUGAAGAAGGAGAACAAUUAGCUGAAGAAGAUAAAGAAAUUGAAGAAGAAGAAGAAGAAGAGGAGGAAGAAGGAGGAGAAGAACAAGAAGGUAUUCCAGGAUUUUGGUUCACAGCAUUAGAAAAUUUAAGUACCGUACGUGAAAUUAUAACUGAUAGAGAUAGUGAAGUAUUAGAACAUUUAAUUGAUAUUCGAAUGGAAUAUUUAGAAACUCCAGGAUUUGAAUUAAUAUUUGAAUUUGAUACUAAAAACCCAUUUUUCUCUAAUCAAAUUUUAACUAAAACUUAUCAUUAUCAAGCCGAAUUAGGUUAUUCUGGAGAUUUUGUUUACGAUCAUGCUGAUGGAUGCGAAAUUAAUUGGAAACUGAAAGAAUCUAACGUAACCAUUAAUAUCGAAAGAAGAAAACAAAGAAAUAAAACCACUAAACAAACAAGAACCAUUGAAAAAUUAACCCCAACCGAAUCGUUCUUUAAUUUCUUUGAUCCUCCAAAACCACCAAAAAUCAAAGAGGAAGAACAAGAAGAAGAAGCAAAAGAAGAAGACGAAGAAGACGAAGAAGAUGAAGAUGAAGAUUUGGAAGCCAGAUUAGAAUUGGAUUAUCAAUUGGGUGAAGAAAUUAAAGAUCGUUUGAUCCCAAGAGCCGUUGAUUGGUUUACUGGUGAUGCCGUUGAAUUUGGUUAUCCUGAUGAAUUCGAAGGUGAAGAGGAUGAAUUCGAUAGUGAAGAAGAAGAAGAGGACGACGACGACGAAGCCCAAGACGCUGCUCCAAAAGAAGCUCCUGCUGAAUGUAAACAACAAUAA